AUAUGAAAUGCAAUUGGCUGACAAUGUCGUCGUGUUAGCAUCACAGUCAUGUGACUUAACUAAACACAAAUUGAUCAUGCGUAUAACGUUAUUCUACCAUUUUGUUUUUUAAAAAAAAAAAUAAGAAAAAUAUAUAAGAAUAUAUUAAAUUGGCGCUACUUGUGCUUUGUAGAUAUUGGAACAAUAUUACUAGACGAAUCAGUUGGACAGCGACGAUCGCGACGAUGAUCGUUGGACUACUGAUAUUUAAUAUUUCAUAAAUAAAACAAUAUUAAGGAUUAUUACAACUUUGUUAAUAGUGAAAAUGUUGUUAAAUCAUAGUAUUAUUUUGUGCGGUGAAUUUUUGAUUAUUAUUAAAAAGCUUUCUUUAUAUUUUUUUUCAUUUUAAUUAAUUCAAGUGACAAGUAGUUUUUUCCAUUGUGACAAUAGUGACAAAUAAAAAAUUAUUCACCUUGCUAAUUUUUGAUUAUAUAAUAUUUUAUUACAUUCAAUAAAAGAAUUGAAGGAAGGAGAGACAUAAAAGUGUCAAGAAUUUAUUGAUACAAAAGUCGACUUCAAAGUAGACAAAGAUGUCGUCGGUGAAAGUGGCAGUGAGGGUGCGGCCCUUUAACAAUCGCGAAGUAUUACGUGAGGCCCAAUGUAUCAUUGAAAUGUCAGGCAACACCACAACAAUUGCUAAUCCAAAAGCACCACCAGGCACAAAAGAAGCAAUAAAAAGUUUUAAUUAUGAUUAUUCAUAUCAUUCAAUUGAUCCAACUGAUCCAAAUUAUUCAUCUCAAAUAAUGGUUUAUAAAGAUAUUGGUGAAGAAAUGCUACAGCAUGCAUUUGAAGGAUACAAUGUUUGUAUAUUUGCAUAUGGACAAACUGGUGCUGGUAAAUCAUAUACAAUGAUGGGUAAACAAGAAGAUGGACAAGAAGGAAUAAUACCACAAAUAUGUAAAGAUUUAUUUCGUAAAAUAAGUAAAAAUUCAAGUGAUACAUUAAAACAUUCAGUUGAAGUAAGUUAUAUGGAAAUAUAUUGUGAACGUGUACGUGAUUUAUUAAAUCCAAAAAAUAAAGGUAAUUUACGUGUACGUGAACAUCCAUUACUUGGUCCAUAUGUUGAAGAUUUAUCAAAACUUGCUGUAAUGUCAUAUGAAGAAAUUCAUGAUUGUAUUGAUGAAGGUAAUAAAGCAAGAACAGUUGCAGCAACAAAUAUGAAUGAAACAUCAUCACGUUCACAUGCUGUAUUUACAAUUUUUUUUACACAACAAAAACAUGAUUCAAUAACUGGUUUAGUUACUGAAAAAGUUAGUAAAAUAUCGCUAGUUGAUUUAGCUGGUUCUGAAAGAGCUGAUUCAACUGGUGCUAAAGGUACACGUCUUAAAGAAGGUGCUAAUAUUAAUAAAAGUUUAACAACAUUGGGAAAAGUUAUUAGUGCACUUGCUGAAGUUGCGGCAACUAAAAAAAAAAAGAAAGCUGAAUUUAUUCCAUACAGAGAUUCAGUUUUAACAUGGUUGUUACGUGAAAAUCUUGGUGGUAAUUCAAAAACAGCUAUGAUUGCUGCUGUCAGUCCAGCUGAUAUAAAUUAUGACGAGACUCUAUCAACUCUCAGAUAUGCUGAUAGAGCCAAACAAAUUGUUUGCAAAGCAGUUGUCAAUGAGGAUGCAAAUGCUAAACUUAUACGUGAACUCAAAGAAGAAAUACAAAAAUUACGUGAACUUUUAAAGCAAGAGGGUAUCGAUUUCGAAGAAGGGCUAGGUGGCAUUAUCUCAUAUGAAAAGAAAGAAUCCAGAGAUGAAGCAGCUAUUAUAAAGUCAGCUAAAAGAGAGGAAGAUACCAAGGAGACACGUCAAAGAAUUCCAUCACAUAGAACUGCUGAAGAAGCUGUGGAACAGUUGCAAGCAUCUGAAAAACUUAUUGCAGAAUUAAACGAGACAUGGGAAGAAAAGUUGAAACGAACAGAAUCAAUACGUUUACAAAGAGAAGCAGUAUUUGCAGAAAUGGGAGUUGCUGUAAAAGAGGAUGGUGUAACAGUGGGUGUAUUUUCACCAAAAAAAACACCACAUCUUGUAAAUUUAAACGAGGAUCCAUUGAUGUCAGAAUGCCUGAUUUAUUAUAUAAAAGACGGUUUUACUCGCAUAGGAUCUGCGGAAGCAAAUAUACCCCAAGAUAUACAACUAUGUGGUCCACAUAUCCUAAGCGAACAUUGUGUAUUCGAAAAUCAUCAAAAUGUCAUAACACUUAUACCGAAAACAGGAGCUCUUAUUUACGUAAAUGGGCGGGAAAUAAACGCGCCAAUUGUGCUGAAAACAGGCUCACGUGUUAUACUUGGAAAAAAUCAUGUAUUUAGAUUUAAUCAUCCAGAUCAAGUACGUGAAAGACGUGAAAAAAAUUCACCAACUGAAACACCAGCUAAUGGUGAAACAGUUGAUUGGAAUUUUGCACAAAUUGAAUUGUUAGAAAAACAAGGUAUUGAUCUUAAAGUUGAAAUGGAUAAAAGACUUGUUGUAUUGGAAGAACAAUUUAGAAAAGAAAAAGAAACUGCUGAUCAAUUAUUUGAAGAACAAAGAAAAAAUUACGAAGCUCGAAUAGAUGCCCUGCAGAAACAGGUCGAGGAACAAAGCAUGACAAUGUCCAUGUACAGCAGUUACACUCCUGAAGACUUCAAUAAUAUUGAGGAAGACAUAUUUGUCAACCCAUUGUUUGACGCAGAGAGCAACUGGAGUGAACGUGAAUUCCAACUUGCAGCAUGGGCAUUUAGAAAAUGGAAAUAUCAUCAAUUUACAAGUCUACGUGAUGAUUUAUGGGGUAAUGCAAUAUUCCUAAAAGAAGCCAAUGCAAUAUCAGUGGAAUUGAAGAAAAAAGUGCAAUUUCAAUUUACACUUUUAACAGACACACUAUAUUCACCAUUACCACCAGAUCUUUUACCAAAUGUUGAUGAUGAUGAUGAAGAAGAACGACCAUUUCCACGCACAAUUGUUGCUGUUGAAGUUCAAGAUACUAAAAAUGGUGCAACUCAUUAUUGGACACUUGAUAAACUUCGACAACGAUUGGAAUUGAUGAGAGAGAUGUAUCACAAUGAGGCAGAGUUAUCACCAACAUCACCAGACUAUAAUAUUGAAAAUAUAACUGGUGGUGAUCCAUUUUACGACAGAUUUCCAUGGUUCCGUAUGGUGGGAAGAUCAUUUAUUUAUCUGAGCAAUUUAAUGUAUCCAGUUCCAUUAAUUCAUAAAGUUGCAAUUGUCAAUGAAAAAGGUGAUGUUAAAGGAUAUCUUCGUGUUGCAGUUCAAGCAGUUGUUGAAGAGGAAAACAGUGAAUAUUCAAGUGGUGUACGUCAAUCAGCUCGUAUAUCAUUUGAUGAUGAUUUAUUUGGUAAUAAUCGUCCAACAAAACGUGCAAAUUUAUUAACACAAACACUUGAAAAAAAUCAACAAAUAUUUAUGCAAGAAGAAAGAGUUGUUGAGGGACAAAAUGAAAUAAAAGAAAUAAUAAAAGAUGAAGAAGAAGUAUGUGAUGGUGAUAGUGGACGUGGUGAUAGUUCAGUUGCAAGUGAUAUGAAAGAAGAAGAAUUACCAGAUCAUUUACAAACUGGUGUUGAAUUUACAUUUCGUGUUACAGUAUUACAAGCAAUGGGUAUAUCAACUGAAUAUGCUGAUAUAUUUUGUCAAUUUAAUUUUUUGCAUAGACAUGAUGAAGCAUUUUCAACAGAACCAGUUAAAAAUACUGGUAAAGGAAAUCCACCUGGUUUUUAUCAUGUACAAAAUAUAACAGUAACUGUUACAAAAUCAUUUUUAGAUUAUUUAAAAUCUCAACCAAUUGUAUUUGAAGUAUUUGGUCAUUAUCAACAACAUCCACUUCAUAAAGAUGCUAAACUUGAUUAUGGUAUAAGACAACCACCCAAAAGAAUGUUACCACCAUCAAUACCAAUAAGUCAACCAGUACGUUCACCAAAAUUUGGCUCAGUAUUACCAUCAUCACCAAGUACAUCACAUAUACAUGCAAAAUAUGAUGUAUUAGUAUGGUUUGAAAUAUGUGAACUUGCACCAAAUGGUGAAUAUGUACCAUCAGUUGUUGAUCACAGUGAUGAUUUACCAUGUCGUGGUUUAUUUUUACUUCAUCAAGGUAUACAACGUCGUAUACGUAUUACAAUUGUACAUGAACAAGCAUCUGAAUUACGUUGGAAAGAUGUACGUGAAUUAGUUGUUGGUAGAAUACGUAAUACACCAGAACCAGAAGAAGAAGAUAAUGAUUCAUCAGUAUUAUCACUUGGUUUAUUUCCUGGUGAAUAUCUUGAAAUACCUGGUGAUGAUCGUUGUAUGUUUCGUUUUGAGGCAGCAUGGGAUAGUUCAUUACAUAAUUCAGCAUUGUUAAAUCGUGUAACAUCAUAUGGUGAACAAAUAUUUAUGACAAUAUCAGCAUAUUUAGAAAUUGAAAAUUGUGGAAGACCAGCAAUUAUAACAAAAGAUUUAAGUAUGAUUAUUUAUGGUAGAGAUGCACGUGUUGGACCACGUUCAUUAAAACAUUUAUUUACUGGUAAUUAUCGUAAUCAAGAAGCAAAUAGAUUAAGUGGUGUUUAUGAAUUGGUAUUGAGACGUUCAUCUGAAGCUGGUGUACAAAGAAGACAAAGACGUGUACUUGAUACAAGCUCAACAUAUGUUAGAGGUGAAGAAAAUUUACAUGGAUGGAGACCACGUGGUGAUAGUCUUAUAUUUGAUCAUCAAUGGGAGCUAGAAAAAUUAACAAGACUUGAAGAAGUUGAAAAAAUACGUCAUACAUUAUUACUCAGAGAAAAAUUGGGUAUUGAUAAGACAUUAUUAUGCAAUAAAAAUAAUAAUCAUGAUUUUACAAAAAGCGAAAAGGAGGUUUGUAACAUGGUAGCUAAAGCAACAAAUGAACAACAUGCAAGUCCAGUUAAAAUUAAAAAAUCAUCAAGUAAAGAUGUCUAUGAACCAUGGGAAAUGACUGAACGUGAAAAAGAAAUAGCAACAAAAUAUAUUAAACUAAUACAAGGAAGAAUAACUAAAAAAGAAGAACAACAACAAGGAAUUGUAUUGACAGAUGUAUCACCAGGUGAUGAAAAUAUAACUGAUAUAUCAACAUCAAUGAUGUCAUCUGUUGUUUCAUCAUCAUCACAAGAGUCAGUAUUUCAAAGUGAUUAUGUUGCUGGUUUUGAUAAGCCAGCUGAUGGAAUUAUUGUGAGGAGCACUUCUAAGUCCUGCAUAUUUAGGUUGAGUUCACCAGAACGUGCACGUUUACAAGAACUUCAAGAAAGUAUGAUGAUUGGUGAUACAGCAAGUCAAUCAAAUUCAAUGGCACCAGCACCACUUGGUUCAUCAUCACCACUUAAAGAUACUAUUGUACUUUAUGUUCCUGAAGUUGAAGAAAUUCGUAUUAGUCCAGUUAUUGCUAGAAAAGGAUAUUUAAAUGUUCUUGAACACAAAACAAAUGGUUGGAAAAAAAGAUGGGUGGUAAGUAAUUUUCAAGGCGUACGAAGACCAUAUGUCUUUAUAUUUAGGGAAGAAAAAGAUCCAGUUGAACGUGCACUUAUUAAUCUUGCAACAGCACAAGUUGAAUAUUCAGAGGAUCAACUUGCAAUGGUUAAAGUACCAAAUACAUUUAGUGUUGUUACAAAACAUCGUGGUUAUUUAUUACAAACACUUGGUGAUAAAGAAGUUUAUGAUUGGCUUUAUGCUAUUAAUCCAUUACUUGCUGGACAAAUAAGAUCAAAACUUGCACGUAAAGUACCACAAAUAAAUACAACAACAAUAACAUUAUCAGCACCACCAUCAGAAACACAAACACAAACAAAGUGAGUCAAGGAUUCAAUCGUUGAAUAUGUAAGUGUUGUCAAAAGAGCCUCUAAAGAAAUAAUACGUCAAUCAUAUUCAAUUUAUGAGGCUCAAGACUUUUAUAAACUUCGAUUCACCGUAAUUUUUGAAUAAAUAUAUUUUACGUUUUUCAUUAUUUUCUAUAAUCAUAAUUCGAAAUAAUAAUUGAUACCAGUUUAUUAUGAUUUUAUUGAAACUAAAAUGAGAUAUAAAUAUUUAAAUUUUUCAAAAUAUUUUUAAAUAUUUAAUCAAAUGAAAUUAAGAAAAAUGAUAUUCUCACCGGGCGUUUAUUUUUUCACAACGUUUCUACGGUUGAGACAAAUAUUCUUGUCAAAUUUCACGAAAUUAAAACAUCUAGUCUCAUUUCGAUCUCGUUUUUUUUAAAUAAAAAUUGAAAUUUAAAAAAAAAAAUAAUUAUCAAUAAAAGCACUGAUCGAUUUAUAACUCGAUAAAUAAAAAUACUGCAAUAAUAAUUGUUUUUUUUUUUUAGUAGAUGUGAAUUCUGUCAGUAUAAAAAAUAAAAGUAAAAAAGAAAAAAAAAAAAAAAUUAAUAAGCAACAAAACAGUUUAUUGGUUUAUUUAAAAAAAAUUUAUAUUUUUAAAUUUUUCAUUAAAUUAACUGGAAUUUAAACGCAGUCAUGGAAUGUAAAUAAUUGAAGUAAAAAAAAAAAAAAAAGUAGUCUGGGAUAAAUGAGCAAAUGACCCCAAAUAUUAAUUUAAUUUUUUUUUUAAAUUUCUUUUUUUAUUUAAAAAUAAAAUAAACUUGGUUACAUUCUAUUUAUCAAUUUUUGUUGAUAGUAUUUAUAUGGUUGUUAAUAUUUAUUAAAAAAAAAAAAAUAAAUUAUUUAUUUUUAUUUAUUAUUUGUUAAGAUUUAAUUAAUAUUUUUAAGACACCAUGGGGAGAUGAUAAAAUACCCGACUAAAGAAAUGAAAAAAAAAGGAGAAAAAUAAAAUUCUUUUUCUUGCGUUAAAUGUGCAACAAAAAUUGUAAAAAAUGUUGCAGCACUGAGAUAAUUAUAUUCGUGACAUUAAUAACAUAAAGAGUAUAAUUAUUUAAAAAUACAUAAAAAUUAUUGAAACAUGGUAAUAUUAACCUUGAUAAAUACAAAUAAUUGUGUUUUAAAUUUCAUUAAAUUGAAAAUAAUAAAGACAAUUGUCAUCUAUGUAAAAGCUAAUUAAUAUUGUAUAUAAAAACAACACAAACACAUAAACGAAUAAACUUAAACCAUAUUUAAAAAAAUAAACACUAAAAAAAAUAAAAAAGCACGCUUUUUUUAUUUUUUAUUAUUUAUAUACAACUGUUUUUUUGUUAAUUUAAAAAAAAAGCAUUUACGCUGAAUAUUUAUUUGCCAUUGAUAAUUUUAAAUAUAUUAAAAUUAUAUUUGGCAAUAUAAUUCAAUAAACUCUAGUCACAAUUAAACGUAAAUUAACUAUUUAAAGAAAUAAAAAAAAAAAAAUACAGGCAACAAAUUAUUAAAAUU